GAGAGCAGAAAGAGGAUGGCAGAAAUGGAGCCUACCAAAAUGUGCCUGCUCAUGAACAGCAGUUGCAUGGGAAGUGAGGAAAGUGAAGCUGCCAGCACGUGGAUUCUUCCCAACUUGCCCAGUCAGUGCACGUGGACUCCUGCCAUGCCAGCUGCCAUGUCUCCACACUCCUGUGUAGCCUUGCCAAAAGAAACAAGGAUUUUGCCCAACAUCCUGAGGAAAAUUGGCUCCACCCCAAUAGUGCGAAUCAACAAGAUUGGGAAGUCCUACGGGCUCAAGUGUGAGCUCUUGGCAAAAUGUGAGUACUUCAAUGCAGGGGGCAGUGUGAAGGACCGCAUCGGCCUGAGGAUGGUGGAAGAUGCAGAGAAAGCUGGCAUUAUAAAGCCAGGAGACACGCUGAUUGAACCCACUUCAGGAAACACAGGAAUCGGUCUGGCACUGGUAGCUGCAGUGAAAGGUUACCGCUGCAUCAUCGUCUUACCGGAGAACAUGAGCAAGGAGAAGGUUGACAUUCUGAGGGCUCUGGGUGCUGAAAUUGUGAAGACCCCAUGCACCCGCUUCGAUGCCCCCGAGUCCAACAUCCGCGUUGCCUGGAAGCUGAAAAGCGAAAUCCCAAACUCCCACAUCCUGGACCAGUACCGAAAUCCAAGCAACCCCCUGGCUCAUUACGACACCACAGCUGAGGAGAUCCUGGAGCAGUGUGAAGGCAAAGUCCACAUGGUGGUGAUUGGGUCUGGCACAGGAGGCACUGUUACUGGCAUUGGAAGGAAGCUGAAGGAGAAGUGCCCAGAGUGCAAGAUCAUUGGUGUAGAUCCUGACGGCUCCAUCGUGGCUGUGCCCAGUGAGCUGAACAGAACAGACACUACAGCCAGUGAGGUGGAGGGCAUUGGACAUGACUUUAUCCCUACUGUCCUUGACAGAUCAGUGAUUGAUCAGUGGUAUAAAUGCAACGACAAAGAUUCGUUUCUCAUGUCUCGCAGACUGAUCAGAGAGGAAGGAUUGUUGUGUGGGGGCAGCUCUGGCAGUGCCAUGUCUGCUGCUGUGCGGGCUGCCAAGGACCUGAAGGAAGGCCAGCGCUGUGUUGUUAUCCUGCCUGACUCUGUCAGAAACUACAUAUCCAAAUUUGUGAAUGACAACUGGAUGAUAAAAAAUGGUUUCCUAAGCGACAUCCAGGAGCACAAGCCUUGGUGGUGGAACAUCAAGGUGCAGAAACUGAAUAUCUCAGCCCCUUUCAUGCUCCUGCCAGAUGUCAGCUGUCAAAAGGCAAUCGAGAUCCUUCAGGAGAAGGGAUAUGACCAAGCUCCUGUGGUUUCUGAAUCAGGCCUUAUUUUGGGUAUGGUGACCCUCAACAAUACUCUCACCUCCAUUCUGGCUGGAAGUGCACAGUUCUCGGACCCUGUUACGAAGGUUGUCUACAACCAGUACUCAAAGAUUGGCCUGGAGAACAGCCUUGGGAAGCUUUCUUGCAUCCUGGAGAAUGAUCAUUUUGCUGUCGUGGUUCAUGAGCAAACACACUUCGAUGGAAAUGGCGUUUCCCUGAAGAAGCAGAUGGUGUUUGGUGUGGUGACAGCAAUGGACCUCCUCACCUUUGUCAGUAGAGAUGACAGGAGGGAGCACAGCAGCUUUGCUGCAUCCACCUCCGCUCCUCCGGCAGGGCCAGCUGCAACCCCUACACCUGAACCACCUGGCCAAGAGUGUUCCCAGGACUAACCCAGCUGAUAGUUUCUCAAAAUGACUAGGAGCUAAUAAUGAAGGUCAGAAGAGCCAUUUGCCAUGGCUGUAAAGACCAUAAAUGAAAGUACCUGUGAAAGCAGAGCUGAAGAACCAAACUACGAAGUGCCUUGAAACCUGUCUUGAGGCAGCUGCUCUCUAAAGAUGCAAAGAGCUUUGCAACCUUCCCGUAAGUCUCAGGAGCUGCUCCAAGGGGACAAGAACCAAUUCUGAUUUUGGCUUGCUGCUAAAAUCAGCAAUCACUCUAAUCUUGUUUUUGGCUUGCUGCUAAAAUCAGCAAUCACUCUGAUCUUGUUUGUAUGAGACUUCUAUUAAAUUAUAGGUUGGUGAAGUAUUUUUAUUUGGGAAAAGCAUCUCUGCUGUCUUUUGUUGCUGGAGUGACACAAGCUAUAUAAGAUCUGUGAAUUUUUGCUUAAGUAAUAACCAUAUUUAUCCUGAAAAAGUAAAAACUGGUUAGCUCAA